UGCCUACAAGAAUCAAUUAGUAAAGGUAAACCAGUUAGUCGGUCAACACACUCCUAUUUCUCAUAUUCCAAUAGUAUCAUCAUCCGUUACCAUUGUGAAUCCAUUAUCUACAUCUCCAUUAUCGUUACCUGCUAAUAUUUCAAUACCAUGUCAAGCGAAUCAAAACAAUGGAAAUCAAGAUCAUAAUAAUGAAAACGUUAUAAGUGAAGAAACAGUGAUACAAAGUCAUAUGAUGUCUGAUGAAGAAGAUUAA